UCUUUCCCCUUAUUUUGCUCACACACACAAAUUAAAUUUCCCAAAUCUACUUAUCAAAAGGCUCUAAUCAUUUCUCUCCACAAAAAAUCUACUUAGAAAUGGCAGAUACAUUGAACCAAAACAACAUCGUUGUUUCUUCUAACAAGAAGAGAUCGUCGGGUUCCGAUGAGUGGGACCAUCACGACGAUUCCUUUUUCGUCACCAAAAAACAAUCGAAAUCGCUUGUAUGGGAGGAUCCGGCCGCGGCGUUAGCCAAUGCUCGCCACGAAUUCGGCGAACACGGAGGUGUUAACAUGUCCAUCGAGGCCUCCGCCACGUUCACCGUCAUGGAACCGGAGACGAUGCGCCGCAUGUUCUCCGGGGAACUUGGUCCGGACCGUGAUUUCUUCAUCUACAGCCGCCAUUUCAAUCCGACGGUGCUCAAUCUCGGACGCCUCAUGGCGGCGCUUGAGGGAACGGAAGCUGCUUACUGUACGGCUUCCGGCAUGUCGGCGAUAUCAUCGGUGUUGCUACAGCUGUGCAGUUCAGGUGGACACGUGGUGGCUUCGCAGACGCUGUAUGGUGGGACCCAUGCGUUGCUCACGCAUUUUUUGCCGAGGGCUUGUAACAUAACGACGUCGUUUGUGGACAUAAGGGAUUUGGAAAUGGUUAAUGAAGCUAUAGUUGAAGGGAGAACAAAUGUGCUGUAUUUUGAGUCAGUGUCGAACCCGACGCUGACGGUGGCUAACGUGCCGGUGUUGAGCAGGAUAGCGCAUGAAAAAGGUGUGACGGUGGUGGUGGACAACACUUUUGCUCCGAUGGUGCUGUCGCCGGCGAAGUUAGGUGCUGAUGUUGUUGUUCAUAGUAUUUCCAAGUACAUUAGCGGUGGAGCUGAUAUCAUUGCAGGUGCUGUUUGUGGGCCAGCAAGUCUUGUGAACUCCAUGAUGGAUCUUCAUCAAGGGUCUCUUAUGCUAUUGGGCCCAACAAUGAACCCAAAAGUGGCCUUUGAAAUUGCAGAAAGACUUCCUCACUUGGGCCUGAGAAUGAAAGAACACUGUAAACGAGCUUUGGAAUAUGCUACUAGGAUGACCAAACUUGGGCUCAAAGUGAUCUAUCCAGGCCUAGAAGUUCAUCCAGAUCAUGCACUUCUUAAGUCCCUGGCUAAUAAAGACUAUGGUUAUGGGGGAAUUCUCUGUGUGGACAUGGAAACUGAGGACCGAGCUAACCGUUUGAUGAAUGUCUUGCAAAACUUUACCCAAUUUGGGUUCAUGGCUGUGAGUUUGGGUUAUUAUGAGACCCUCAUGUCGUGCUCAGGCUCUAGCACGAGCAGCGAGCUGAACAACGAAGAGAAGGAGUUGGCCGGGAUUUCACCUGGAUUGGUGCGGAUGUCGAUCGGGUAUAAUGGAUCGUUGGAACAAAAAUGGAGCCAACUUGAGAAGGCAUUGUCCAAAAUGCAAGAGAAAAUGGCCUUUUAGAAUCUGAAAAAUUGAACUUUGUUAUGUUACCUUUCUCAAAAAUAAAAAAAUAUUGUACUUUGUUAAGUUGUUAAGGUGAUUUUGUGAAGGGAUGGAUCCUACUUUUUAUGUACCUUCGGCCCAUGUUUGUGUUACAAGUAUGGUGCUUGCAGUAAAGCAUGUUUUAAGCAUA